UAUUUCAUGUCUUGCACUGGGAGAGUUAUUGACUUGUGGUACAUGUAUGUGUGUGACAUAGGCGAAAGUAAUAAGUAUAGACUUUGCCUUCACUAAUGCUGAAGUAAUACAAGUGAAAAUGCUGAAGUGUGUGUCAGUGUUGAUUAUAAUAAGAUUACGGUGACCAGCUGGUGGUGAUUGUGAAAUGCAGGAUGUAUACUGAGACUACCCAGUCAGACUGUUAGUUAAAGCUUUAUUUAUCAGUUCACUUAUCCAUGCAAAAGAAGCCUGCAUUAACACUGACAUUUUAGUAAUAGCAUGAACGUUGACAAAGUGUUACUGCAUGGUAAUAAACAUACAAAUAUUGUGGUGUAUCACAACAUCGGGGUUGACCAGUACUCCGGAAGGUUAUAUACACACACACAUUUACAGUGUUACCGGAGUACGCAGUAAUGAACAGGACAUGAAUUAUCUGUGGAUGUGAUAUCAAUCAUAAAAGUGACAGCAGGUUCCUAUACGUUGUGAUUGAUGAGAAAAUACAUGUGAUCAAUGCAUCGGGAGUUUUAAUUUGACACCAAGAACUGAGAUUUAAUAUAGCGACAUGUAACCGAGAAUGUUAGAAAGUAUUAACACUUUGUUUCGCAAUGAUACUCAUUCGUUUUUUGGUAACAAAAUCGCUGUGAAAUGUAUCAACUUGUUUUAGUAUGAAAAGCUUGUUUUCACAUUGUGAUUGGUAUGUUAACUUAAACCAUGGAAACUGUGAUAUUUGUCCGAGAAGUUUUGUCAUACGAUUGUGAUGUCGGCCUAGGAUCCAGUUGCCGUUGUAGCUACAUCAUUCUGGACCUACUGUGUAAUUUGGUCAUUGUGUUUAACCAGUGUUAGUCCCACCCAAUCAUCCAUGGUGCAGUUUGUCCGCGGAGUAUCUGUUUAGUUCAAGAGUAUUUAGAAUGAACUGAAGCUAACGUGACAGCCCUGCCUGAUUCCUACAUCUGUACAUACAUGUACAUUUGUAUGCUGGAUGUGACUUGGAAUUUAUUGAACAUCCUCAUGUGAUGAGUCUUUAAAAAUUACUCUUACAUAAGAUGUGGUCAACUUGAUGAUGAACAGUUUAACUUGUCAAGACCAGCCGACAGAUGAAGUGGUGUGAACCCUGGAGAUUUCUUAAUAGUUUGUGAAUAAUACGAAUCGACUUCUGUUUGAAAACCGUAUACCUGUUGACUUUGGAUUUACUGGAGGAAGAGUGGCUUAUGAAGAAUAUUGAUAAAACCAAUCUGGUGAACUAAGCUUAUUUUACACAGCAGGUUCUGAAAGUCUUCCAGUUAUCGAGUUUGUUCUGCUUUCUUCAAAAAAUUUUAAACUGUUUUCGAUCAGUUGAAAUAUAAUGAUUUCAAACCAACCUUCAGGUAUCGUAUUGCCUGGAUGGUUUUUCAUUUGAGUUAGCAGAAAUCUAGUAAAGCAAGUAUACACAAAAGAUGUACAAUGUUUUCAAUCAAUUGAACUAUUUUUAUUACAAAACAAAGUUUCAGAUAUCGUUUUAACCGGAUGAGUUUUCAUUUGAGUUAGCAGAAAUCUGGUAAAGCAAGCAUACAAAGUGUAAGCAAGCAUACAAACUGUACGUUCUGAGAUUGGAAAUUCAGAACUGGUCAAGAUCUGUUCCUUCUUGAGCCAUGUAUGAAACAGUGACAUACAGAAUGACAUUUGUAGAUACCUUUAAUAUACUUUGCUCAGGAUGAAUGUGUUUGUUCCGAGUUUUGAAUAUAUAUUUAUGUCAUCAAUUAAAUGCUGUUGAUGUGAGUUCACUCGGUAUGAAAAUGAAGGCAUCACUGCAUGAUCUGGAUAGCUGGUAUCGGGAGCACAUGCGCAAGCGCAACAUAAGCACACCAGGCACUCGUACCGAACUGUUGUGGCAGAAACAGCGACUCAACCUUCCAGUUCCGGAUGACCGCCCCGCCCUCCACGUGUCGAGCAGUACAGGAGAACUAGUUGAGUUUGGAGCCUCCCCGAGUGUGACGCCUCACAGCAGGCACUGCUUCUCAGCAGAAAGCGUUUCGGGUGGCAAUGAUGCAGCUAUCUGUGGUGGGAGGAGUCUGGACGACAUAACGAGUGCAGGAAGCAAGUCCUCCUUGAUUGGGACAUUGCUGAACAAGAUCAACAGACCAGCCAUUUUUAAAAACAGCAUGGAUUCUGUUCCCCGAACCCGGAGAGCGAGCUUGCCCGUCAGGAAAAAGUCAGAUCCUGGCAAGGUGUUGACUAUAAAGAACUUCAUGAAGGGAUCCAGCAAGAGUCCCAGCUUGCCACGGAAACCGGUGUCUUCAGAAGUGGCGUUUGUGAGUCGACCGUACCACGGGUCUGGUAACCUGGUGCCACCUGCUGACGAGGGACCGCAAUCAGCUCACAGCACUGAAGAUCUGGAGGCUGUGGACUCUGGUAAGGAGAAUGGAUCAGACAAUGUGACAGAUGAAGACACGAACGUGGACGAGAGUCUGAAACGGGAAGCUGCCAUUGAGCGAAUACAGAAUAAGUUAGCCAAGACCAAGGAUAUGAUAAAAACAGAACUGCAGCUAAAAGAAGCGAACGUGAACGAGUACCUGCGGGUGGCGGCCAGCUCGACAGACAAGCAGCAGGCUCAGCGGAUCAAGGCCGUGUUCGAGAAGCGGAACCAGAAGUCGACGCAGAUCAUCAGUCAGCUGCAGAAGAAGCUGGAGGGCUACCAGCGCAAAGCUCAGGACAUCGAGAUGCAUGGGGUCUCCGGACACAAGCAGGCCAAGGCCGUCCUCAAGGACAUCGGGCAGGGCAUGAAGGAUGUAGGAGCCAACAUAGUGGAUGGUAUCACUGGUUUCUCUGGUGGUGUAGUUGGUAACAUCAAGGGAGCAAAAGAUUCAAUAGUUUCCAAGCCUAAGGAGUUUGCACAUCACAUAAAGAAGAAGUUUGGGAGUGCCGAUAACAUCAACCAACUAAAUGAUGGCCAGGAAGAAGGGGAAACACAGCCGUCGGGAGGAACUCUGCCUGCGAGUUUCCGAUAUGGCUCAGAAGACGACAAUUCCAGCAUCACAUCCGGCUCGGGGUUUGGAGUCCACAGCAGUCCACACUCUACGUCACAGAACAUGUCACAGGCUGCGGUGUUGACACAGUCAGUGAUCGACCCCAUCAUGACGGAGCUGGAGGAUCUCAAGAGGACCAAGUCGAAGCUCAACGAGGCGCUGCAGCUGAUCACAGACGAGUUCGAUAACUACAAGAUAUCUGUCCAUGGUGAACUAAGUUUACUGCGGAGCAUGUUAGAGGAAGAAAAAUACAAAGUAGACCGACUGGAAGAUCAAAUGAAUGACCUGACCGAAUUACACCAAAACGAAAUAACUAACUUGAAACAGGACAUAGGCAGCAUGGAAGAGAAGAUCGAAUAUCGACUUGAUGAACGAACGACAGAUCUCAGUGACCUGGUAGACAACUGCCAGACAAGGAUCCAGCGUCUGGAGCAGCAGCAGCAGCAGCAGCAGAUCCUGUCGAUGGAGAUGGUGGAGAACGUGACGUUCCGCACGCUGCUCACCAAGCUGAUCAACGUCGCCCUCGCCAUCGUCGCAGUCAUCCUCGUCUUCGUGUCCACCGCCGCCAACUUCGUCUCACCAUUCCUCACAUCAAGAAUGCGGAUACUUUCGACAGUGAUUUUGGUGGUGGUGCUGGCUUACGCUUGGCAGAACCGUGAAAUGAUGGUAGCUUUCUUUCACUAUGUGGGACAUCAGGUGGACAGGCUGCGGUCUCCAAGCUAGGUCCAGCCUUGUUGUCAAAUGAAGAAACAAUGCUUCCAGUCCAUGGCAAUAUUUGCUGAGAUUACUUCCGUUUCGGGAAAAAAACAAUGUGCUUCCAGUUUCUACAGGAUUCACAGUUUACAACGAAUUUACCAUCCUGCAAAUUUGAAUCUGUUACAAGAGCGCUUUGUCAAUGGUAAAAACAGGUCGAUGGUGUCAGUGUGAUUCUGGGUAGAAAUGUGCGAGUUGUUUUAUAAACAACUAUAGUGUAUGACGGUGUGCUUUCGUCUGUGAUUGGUCGGUCCACUGGUUUUUGGCUGUGAUUUGUAGAACGGACAGUUAAGAUGCUCUGGAUCUCUGCUAUCUUACUACACAGGUUGGCGACCGACAGGUUCUCACAGUAAUGACGAAUUGCUGUCUUGGUUGAUGUCUAAAAAACCAACACAAACAAUGAAAAUAAAGAUUCACUGAAUUGUAAUGCGUCUUUUUAAAUUGGUGAAUGAACCUGACAGCUGCACUUUGAAUAACUGCGUCAAUGACUGGCAUACAAAUCAGGAAUAAACUAUCAUUUACACAAACAGGAAUCAACAUACGAAACCAUUGUUAAAUUAAUGCAAUGUUUUAUUUAAUUAUUUUUUAUUUUUCAACCAUUGGGAAGUGAGUUUUAUAAUGUUCAAAUGGUGCUUUCUUGUACUUGUCUUGUCAGAUGUCGGAAAGCUUAUUUAUUGCUGUGUGGACAGGUCUUGGAGAAAGGGUUAUUCAAAGUCUCUCUGUGUACAAGAGCACAAUGAAUUUAUAAGGAAUAAUUUUGAUACCUGUCAAGACACAUUUUCCUGUUUAAAUCCACACACAUUCACACAAGCAGGUUUUAAAAAGUGAAUUACUGUGUAAUGCAAUUUGUUUAGCAAAUUAUCAUUAAGUCUAAUGUGUCUUACAUCAUUUUUUAUUAUUAUAUUUUUUCAACUUAACUGACCUCAACUAGUGGCAUUUCCCCCCUACUACAUGUAUAGUAGACUGGUUCCAACAGCCCAACAGCCAAUGGGAUGGCUUAAAAUCUUCCAAUGAGUCUUCUGCUUCCUGUUCCGGUCACGUGAUAGAAGCUUCCUUCUUUCUCUUUCGGUCCAGACGUCUUUCUUUUAACUCUAGUAUAAAGCAAGUUUUCUGAUAGAGGGGUGAACACUGCUGAUGGAACUGCCAACAGCAUGUAAAGUUCGGCCUUGUACAUACUGUAUCGAAUAACAGUGAUAUUUAUUUCGGUUGUCAUCAUCCCUCUGUGAAAACCAACACCGAAGGGAUAUUAUUUGACGAGGAUUUGUUAUGAAUUAUUUAUUACAAUUGUGACAAAUCGUCUGAAUAAUUUUUAUACAAACAGACUGUAAAUAUCCACAAUGUUUAUCUUAAAAAUAAAACAAAAACACCCAUGCGUAAGAAUACAUUUUAAUUUGUUGCUCAUUCUAGUUAGUUUAUUUUUAUUUCUAUCUUUUUUAAUUUUCUGCACAUUAUUUUUUUUUUUUUUUACUAGACUAGUGGAUUUUUCAGGAUGAACUACUUAUUCUUUCAUUUCAUGUUAUGAGUGAAUGUGUUCCACCGUAUGAUACACUUUUCAUAGGUUUAUGGAAUCAAGUUAAGAACGUCUGUAUUUUGAUACUAGAAAUUGUGUUUAAUACUGGAAUUCAACAGGAAAGACCUUUGAAGUUUAUUAAAUGUUAUUGAUUCCUAGUUUACCUUACAUAGAUUAGUAACGAUACAUUUCUUUUAAUUAGUAAUUUAUUGAAAUUUUCUUGUUUAACUGAUUAGAAAAUAUCCCAGCACAAAAAUACACCUCGGGUAUUGGGGAACAUUAAAUAGUGACGCCUAAUGGCCGAUGUGUAUUUUUUUAUGCUGGGGUGCAGUUAAAUAUUCAUUCAUUGAUUCAUUCAUUAAUUCAUGUAUUAGAAAAUAUUGUUUGAUAUACUUAUUUACUACCCAUGGUAUACAAUGGGAGAAAUAUUUAGUUUGUCACUGAGGAGAAACUAUUGCAAGACACAAAUUUUACAUGACCAGUAUGAGACAAAUGUUCAGCAUGAUGUCGCACAUUUUAUAUAGAACAGUUGAGCUUACAUUUAUGCAGCUUUAUUACUGCUGUUAAGAUUACUGAAUACAGUUUCUUCAUCAAUUUCUUCUCUUGAAUAAAAAAAACACUUGCUUUUCAAGAAUUAUCUUUACGAACAAACAAAAUGUGUAGUGCUGUGCACACAGGGUAUUAGAUGGAUUCCAUAUAGAGACAGGGUUCAAGGUAACACAAUAAAUCGGAAUGUUUCCUUUUAACUUUAUGAUGUUUAACCAGUUAACUGCACUAAAGUAUUUUAUUUCAAAUGUAUGUAGAUUGUUUCUUUAUGAAUUCUGAGCCAUUCCCGUUAGAAUCUUUAGUUAUAUAUUCAUACUUAUUUAUUUAUAUUAUUUUUCCACUUUGAAUGCCAUCGUUAGUAGAUGUAUGUACUGAUCAACUUUACAGCUCUUUAUGUCAUCAAAACCAAACAAAAUAUCAAGUAGAUUUUCACUCAUUUGAAUAUUUUAAUUAACCAAAAUGUUCAUACCUGGUGUCUGUUUUAUCAGAGGUGAUAAACUUGUAUCAUCUAGACAUCCAUUGAUUCAAACAUCUUUUGAUCAUGCAAGCUAUAUUUAGCUAACUUAACUUAUAGACAAUGAGCGGCGCCUACGAAGUCUCUUUUCACUUUUAUACUUUACACUACUAUAAAGCAAAAUAUCUGAAAAGUGUGGGGUGGCACAUCCCACCCCCCCCCCCCCCCCCCCCCCCCCCCCCCCCCCACCCCCCCCCCCCCCCCCCCCCCCC